AUGUCCUGCGGGAAGGACCCCACGCUGGAGCAGGAGAAAAGACUAACCAUGAAGGAGCAGCACAUGACUAAGUGUGUCAGCUGUGAUGCAUGUUUAAAAGGAAAUUUUCGAGGUCGCAGAUACAAGUGUUUAAUUUGCUAUGAUUACGAUUUGUGUGCAACUUGUUAUGAAAGUGGUGCAACAACAACGAGGCAUACAACUGACCAUCCCAUGCAGUGCAUACUAACAAGGGUAGAUUUUGAUUUGUAUUAUGGUGGAGAAGCUUUCUCUGUAGAACAGCCACAGUCUUUUACUUGUCCUUAUUGUGGAAAGAUGGGUUAUACAGAAACAUCUCUUCAAGAACAUGUUGCUUCUGAACAUGCAGAAACAUCAACAGAGAUUUGUCCAAUAUGUGCAGCGUUACCUGGAGGGGAUCCUAAUCAUGUCACAGAUGACUUUGCAGCUCAUCUUACACUGGAACACAGAGCUCCUAGAGAUUUAGAUGAAUCUAGCGGUGUUCGACAUGUACGUAGAAUGUUUCACCCAGGCCGGGGUUUGGGAGGCCCUCGUGCACGUAGAUCAAACAUGCACUUUACUAGCAGUUCCACUGGUGGGCUUUCAUCUUCUCAAAGUUCAUAUUCUACAAGCAAUAGAGAAGCCAUGGAUCCUAUAGCUGAGCUUUUAUCUCAGUUAUCAGGCGUGAGACGUUCUGCAGGGCAGCUCAAUUCUUCUGGCCCUUCUGCUUCUCAGUUACAGCAGCUGCAGAUGCAACUGCAGUUGGAGCGACAGCAUGCUCAAGCAGCAAGACAACAACUGGAGACUGCACGCAAUGCAACUAGACGCACUAAUACAAGCAGCAUCCCCACCACUCUUACACAAUCUGUAGCAGCAACCAAUACAUCUAACACAGAAAACAUUCAACAGACUAUCCAGAAUUCCCAGUUUCUUCUUACAAGGUUGAAUGAUCCUAAGAUGUCAGAAGCAGAGCGUCAGUCAAAGGAAAGUGAACGGGCAGACCGUAGCUUAUUUGUUCAAGAGCUUCUACUAUCUACUUUGAUGCAGGAAGAAGGUUCCUCCUCAGAUGAGGAUGAGCGGGGAGAAAUUGCUGAUUUUGGUGCUAUGGGCUGUGUAGAUAUUAUGCCUCUAGAUGUUGCUUUAGAAAACCUAAAUUUAAAAGAGAAUAAUAAAGGAAAUGAGCCUCUUCUGCCUCCUUUUUGAUGGCAUCCCAUUUUGCAAACAAUGUCCUCUGUGCUGUAUUUGCCAAUGAAAUUGGACAACAACUAUCUUGGGUUUGUUUUGGUGAUUGUAAUUUUAGGUCUGUUGCUCUUGUUACAUUGUGUACAUUCAAAGGAAGAGAGAAAAGAUAUAUAUGAUAAUCAUUUCCACUUAACCAAUUUUUACUUUUAGCAGGUAAAUAUAGGUUGCAGUGCAGAGAAAAAAGUUCUGUGUCCCGUAGCUUGACAUGCAAAAAGCUCUCCUAAUACUCCACAUUCAAACUGAAGGGGAAAAAAUGAAAAAUCUCUAAUGAAGCUGCUGUGUGUAUUUAUGACUAUUAAUGAAUAAAAAUUGCUUGGAUGGUUUACCUUAACUACUGCAUGAUGUUUUUUGCAGCGUGCAUGAGUUUUAGUGACCUUGUCAUUAAAAAAAAAAAAGUACAAGUAGUAAAAGUAUAAAAUCCCAAAGCUUUCCUAUUAUUCAAAGGUAAUGUGACAAAAAAGAUUAAUACUCACUAGCAGUUUGUAGCGAUGAAGUAGCCUUUGAGUAACAUAUGACCAAUGACCUUUUCUAUGUACUCUCCCUGUGUAUUAAUGCAAACUCUGCAGUGGGCUAUAUUGUUAUUUCCAGGGUGUGGUGUUUUGCUAUACUGUAACCACUAUGAUGCCCUGUUAGCCAUCAUAUUCAUAUGGAAUUCAACUUUUUAUACAUCGGUAGGAGACAAAAAACCAAGGGUCACUACUGGCAAUCUACCACAAAGAGCUUCUGUGUGCCCUAAAAACAAAUUUCAUUCAUCAUUCUUUAAAGCUUUCAUUUUUGUGUUUAAUUUCUUUUAACCGUUAAAUAUACUUUACUUAGGUGUAGAUGUUGCAUAUAUUCACUGCUGGGGGAGAGGGGGAAUUACCUGGAUUAUGUUAUCUUAGUUCUAAGUCUUCACAGUCCUUAUCAUUUUGAGUUAUUUAUGUAUUUGCUUCAUAGCUUGCAGAGGCUUCUCAGUAUCAGGAAAGCUUGAGGAUUUGAUUCCCAGAUAUCUCCAUAUGUUAUAAUUGAAUUCUUAAUGCUAAUUUCCUAUUAAUCUUUAUUUAUUGGGUUUUGGGGUUAUAUUUCUGACAUAAAAAAAUAAAGUGUUUUUGAGUCAUACCA